AAGCAGCAAAAGCAGAGAUUAUUUUUCAAGUGGGCUGAGCAGGCAUUUUCCUCUGCUGUUGAAGACAACUCUUCUUCUCGUCUGAGCCAGAACACAGUCAAGGUCUUCUUUUAAGAUAAGCCACCUGAAGUGCCAUGUCUACUACUGUACCCCCUCAAGGCUGUGGCAACAUACAUAAUGACUACUAUUUCCUCUGUAAUACCAAUAUUUAUUGGGGGAUUAUUCUGGAAGCUCUGGCAGCAGCUGGUGUAAUUGUCACAGCCAUCCUCAUCCUUGUGCUUCUUCUUCUCACGUGUAAAGCCCAAGACAAUGCAAAACGCAGCCUGAUCCCAAUCCAGUUCUUCUUCCUCUUAGGCACUCUAGGAAUUUUUGGCCUCACAUUUGCCUUUAUCAUCAGGCUCAAUGAGCAAACUGCUCCCACACGUUUCUUCCUUUUUGGGGUCCUCUUUGCCCUCUGCUUUGCCUGCCUUCUGGCCCAUGCUUUGGAUCUCGUCAAAUUGGUGAGAGGAAGAAGUCCAUUUUCAGCACUAGUGUUGCUGAUUAUGGUCCUUGGUUUGACUGUUGUACAAGUGAUUAUAGCCAUACAGUAUGUAGCAAUCAGUAUCACAGCCUUGAAGGAACUGCACCAUGAGAUGAGUAUGGAAAGACGAAGAGACUUUGUUUUAAUUCUCAUCUAUGUGCUUUUCCUGAUGGCUCUCCUCUGCAUAGUUUCCAUGUUUGUGUUUUGUGGAUCAUACAAGAGGUGGAAGAGGCAUGGUGUCCACAUACUCCUCACAGCCUUGGUCUCCGUAGGCAUUUGGGUGGCAUGGAUUUCUAUCCUUAUGCAAGGCAUCAGUGCUUUAGGUGAACCAUCAGUUUGGAAUGAUCCUCUCAUUGGUAUUGCUCUGAUAGUAAAUGGCUGGGCUUUCCUGAUUCUGUACGCAGUACCUGAACUCUGUGUCCUUACUGCUCCACGGAACCCUGGUGACUAUCCUAUGGAGAAUAAUACUUGCCAGACAAAGGGCAUGAAAAAAACAUAUGGAAUAGAAAAUCAAGCUUAUGCUCAGGAAGGUAACACACAAGAAGAAGAUACUGGCUCAUACGUCCCUUAUUCAACUCAUUUUCAACUGAAGGACCUUGAGUCCCAGCAGGAAUUUUCCAUCCCACGCCCUAAAACACGGCCCAGUCCAUACCAAGGGUAUUCUGGAGGGAAAGGUAUCAAGUAACAGCACCACAGUGAAGAGGGAGAAGCAAUGCAGAGUUGACUGAGGUGUUGGUUCAUCAGUGCUUCAGUUUUGCUAAAUCAGGGACAUGGCUCACAUUGCAGUAGAUGAAGGAAGAUUGUUUUCAUUUUCUUCUUCUGUGCUCAGCACAUGUAGCACUUUAUACCUCUGAAUUCAGUAAUGAACCUUUUUUGCUUUUUUUACAUCUCUUUCCCUCACACAACUAUAGCUGCCCUCCAUCAUAUCUUUACUAGCUGGGCCUUCACCAUUGAUCCACAUGUGAGGAGGGGAGGCUUGAAGUGGGAUUCUUCUUCUAUGUAUAUUGGUUCCCUGCAUAAUUUUGAACUCCUCUUUGCAUGAAUUCCAAAUCAUUGUCUAUGCAUGGGGAGCUUAGACCCUGUUUUGGACUUUUCUCCCCAUGAUGGAUGGGGAGGCAGCAAAGCUGGUGAGAAAGGACUGUUCUUCUCAUCACACUAUAGUAAUUACAUAUGGGCUGGUCACCUCAUGAAGAUCCAUCAAGAUUUCUUUUCCCCAACCAUUUUUCUGAGCUCCAUUUCCCUCAGCAAAGAGAUCUUUUCCAGUCACAGGGCCUGCUAAACAUAGCAGAAGCAGAGAGCUCACUGACCAUUAUUCUCAGAAUUAACUGUAUUUUCUUAUUUAUUUUGCUUUGUAAAGCACUGAAAUUGACAGGAUGAUCAUCCUGAUAUUUAGAAUACCAUUUCAUGAUUUCCUCCUAUCUGUACAAAGUGGGGCUGGUCAGGCAGUCAUAAAAAGAGUAUGAUAGGCUUCAGUUUAAGUAUGAUUUAUAGUUUUCCACUAUGUAUAGUAAUGGGAACUAUUAAUUUACACCACCACUCUUAGCCUAUACUGCCUGGGGAUGAAGGGAGAUGACACAUCUGGAAGGUACUGGAUUGGGGAAGCCUGCAGCAAUGAAUGAGGUAGGUAAACCUAGGCUGCAAGAAUUGGUGAAAUCAUUGCAAUAGAAGCAAUGAGGCCUGCCAUAUGUCAUUCCUGAGAAUAAGCGUUAUUACAUAUAAUGAGACUUUGCUAACAUUUAUGAAAAAGUGUACCAGAUACACUAUAAAUAGAGAAGAAUACCAAAUAAUAAGAACCUUAAAAAGCAAUUGAAAUUUGAGAGAGAAAUAGAAGAAAGAAAAUCUUGGCUCAAGUCCGUGACACCAAAAUCUCUUAUGUUGCUUGACUGUUACAAGAAAGUCAGGCAGGUGUUUACAUUUUCCCACUGAAAUCAAUGGAGAAUACAAGUAUAUGGCAUUCUGUAUUUUGCCCCUAAACUUGUGGGAAAACAGUGCUGGGGGUUUGCUUAUAUGCUUUUGUCUGUAUUAUGUAAUAUUUAUUUGUAUAGUUCUUAUA